CUGCCCUCCCCAGCUUCCCUUUGUGUGGCUCCAUUGUUAAGUGGCCCACCCCCUCGUUGAUUCAUCGGCCACACAGGGGAAGCCCUUUCAGGCUAGGGACAGGAGUGUGUGUGUGCUGGAGACUACGCGUGCCUUAGGGAAGCAGGCAUCUGCCCAGAGCCACUCCCCUCCUCCUCCGCCUCAUGUCUCGGUGUAGGUCUGCUGCUCUCUGAUUGGCGAAGAAGCUCCCACUUCAAAACCAAAAGAAAAAAACGGCAGACAUUGUUAUUCCAUCUGUCCUGGCCGCUCAUUGUCCAACCUGCCUGCUUCUUGCUCUGGAAGACACUUUGCACGCAUGGAGCCGCCGUGCAGACUUUGGCUCCCGAUUCCAAGCCCGUUUCACCUGUAGCGUUUUUCUCCUCUGCUUAGCGAAGAUUAAAAAUAUGUGGAAAUGAGACCCUCACAUCUUGCUGGCUCCGGUGAGUGAGAUGAGCCCCCACCUUUCUGCUGGCUCAGAUGAGUGGAGCUUUGUGAAAGAGCGCUGCUCCGCCCGGUGUGCUGGAUGUCUUUGACGGAUCCAUGGGCCAGAAGGACCAUGUGGAGGCGGGAACGGGCCACAUCCUGGAUCUGGGGCCGGACCUGGAGUAUCUCCACGUAGCCGGGGCCGACCGGCAGGCUGGCGACGUCGACGAACCCCCUGCUAUGGAUGAGCAGGGGGAGAGCUUCACCAAAAAGGCUACGCUUGGUUCUCCUCCGGCGACAACGCCAGAGGAGAGCGGCGAGCGUGAUGGAGAGGGGAGGCCGACGCCUGUGGAAGACGCAGACGGAGGGGAGGUCACGCACACCUUCAGCAAAAACAGCCACCAGCCGCUGUGCCGCACGCCGUGUGUGGAUUUGGGGACAGAAGGACCUCCGGAGUCUCCGUCUGAUCUCUCAGGAGAACCCGAGCAUGAAUCGCCCGAACCCCCAGCCGACCCCACGGCAUCAGAACCAGAGCCCACGCCGGGAGGGAAGGACUACCAGACCAAGCUGGAGUUUGCCUUAAAACUGGGCUACUCUGAGGUGACCGUGCGUCAGGUGCUGUCCAAGCUGGGACCCGACACCCUCAUCAACGACAUACUGGGCGAACUGGUCAAACUGGGCACCAAGUCGGACGGCGAGCAGCCAGCGUCAGCCUUGACCUCUACCUCAUCAUCUUCAUCAUCGUCGUCUUGCGGCUGCUCUGAUGUGCCGGAGAGGUCGGACUCGCCGUUACCCUCAGAAUCUCUCUGCGACCAGGACAACCUGCGGCCGAUCGUGGUGGACGGCAGCAACGUGGCCAUGAGCCACGGGAACAAAGAGGUGUUUUCCUGCCAGGGCAUCCAGCUGGCUGUAGACUGGUUCCUGGAGCGUGGCCAUCAGGACAUCACGGUUUUUGUACCUGCUUGGAGGAAAGAGCAGUCCCGCCCCGACGCUCCGAUAACAGACCAGGAGAUCCUGCGGCGGCUGGAGAAGGAAAAGAUCCUGGUCUUCACCCCCUCGCGGCGCGUUCAAGGUCGGCGCGUGGUCUGUUAUGACGAUCGCUUCAUUGUCAAGCUGGCUUAUGAGUCAGACGGCAUCAUCGUCUCCAAUGACAACUACAGAGACCUGGCCAAUGAAAAGCCCGAGUGGAAGAAAUUCAUAGAUGAGCGUCUGCUCAUGUAUUCCUUCGUCAAUGACAAAUUCAUGCCUCCAGAUGAUCCUCUUGGACGUCACGGCCCCAGCUUAGACAACUUCCUGAGGAAAAGGCCCAUCAUGCCUGAGCAGAAGAAACAACCCUGUCCAUAUGGAAAGAAGUGCACAUAUGGCCACAAGUGUAAGUACUACCAUCCCGAGAGAGGAGCUCAGCCUCAGCGCGCUGUGGCCGACGAGCUGCGGGCCAGCGCCAAGGGCUGCGUCCCCUCCAAGAACCAGGGGGAUGCUGGAUUGGUGAAGAGCCACAGCGUGCCAGCUGGCACCAUCGAGGCAAAGAACGGCGCCCUAAAAAGGCAGUCGGAUCCCAGCAUUCGAGCUCUGUCGUACAGCGACGCUGAGGAGAAGCUAUUGGCCAAAAGUAGGUUGGAAAGUCAGAAGAGCAACGUAGGAGGGAGCAGCAGCAGCUCCAGUAGUAGCGUUGGCUGCGGCGGGGGUUUAACUAUGGGAGGGCCCCCGUCUGCUUUUAGCCUUCUGCAGGACCAGCAGUCCAGAUCAGGUGGGCAUCUUCCUGCCCCCGCCCAUGAUCUCUACCCGCACUGUGAGUCUCCAGACUUAAGCUACUACUCAGUAACACGGGCCUACUCUGGCCUGAGCCUCUCCUCCCGGCGAAGCCCGGACUGCCGCUACCCCAACGAUCAGGACCUACGGCACGGCUCCAUGGGCUCAGCUGGCUCUGAAUGCGGGAGUGAAAGCAGCGUCAGUUGUGGCAGCAGUGACUCCUAUAGCGACAGAUCCUGUCCCGGAUGCUCCGCCGAUACUUUAAUAGAAGAAAACCUUAUUUUCCAUAACCCCCCCAGCCACCUCUACACCCAUCAUGUCCCCCCCUCUAACCAUGAGCUGUGCAGCCUUCAUGCUGCAGAUUACCCAAACAUCCAACACAACCACUCCUCUAAUCCAAUUCAUUCCUACCACCUGGGCUCUGCUUGUGGACAGAGCUGCGUUCAUGAGCCGCCGCCAUCAGAGGUACCCCCUAAGCGGCCCCUCUACCCGCUGCCCCCUCACCUCCAACACCAGCCCCUAGCUGCUCGCUCCAGCUGCCCCGGCGACUACCAGUCUCUGCCUCAGUCCAACCGUCAGCCCCCCGGCUCCCCCGUCGGCCGCUGCCUGGCGCCCACGCGAACCGAAAGUGUAUCCGACUCCCGCCUGUACGAACAUCUCUCUGCGUCUCACCAUCACCAUCGACCGAAAGCUCUGCCCAGCUGGGAGACUUACUAUAGACAACCAUCGCUGCCGCCGCCGAGGUACGAGCCGUCGGCCUAUCAGAGUCUCCCCGAUACGCAUCAGACAUCUUGGCACCCACCGGGAUGGCCCCAAGAGGGCUACAGCCAGCAUCACUCGUCUCACCCAGCUCUGCACCCGUCCCCCACACGCUACCGAAGCCACCCCCCACCAUCGGCCCCCUCUCCACACCCGCCUUACCCCCCUCACAGCUCCCAUCUUGGAUUUCCCCCACACCCUCCACCUCCAUACAGGCCACAGCACCCCGAGUCUCCAGUGCACGGCCGCUAUGAAGACGCCAGGGAGAAGGUGUACAUAAACCUUUGCAACAUCUUCCCCUCAGAACUGGUAAGCCGGGUAAUGGCCAGGAGCCCCCACGUCAUGGACCCCCAGCAGCUGGCUGCCGCCAUCUUGGCAGAGAAAGCUCAGAGUGGCUACUGAUUAAUGGCCUCCCAUGUGAACAAUCACUCUAAAUAAGUAGUUUGAAUAAAAAAGAAAAG